AUGCUGUGCUGGGAAGGGGGCAGUGAUUAUGAUGCGUUUCCAUCCUCACAGGAUCUGCAUGCCAACACCUUCAUGCACUCGAGUCGGAAGUCGAGUGUUCCGCUGCCGUGGAGUUCAACAACUCACGCCACCCACAACAUGGAGCAGAUUUCCGGUCCUCCCGCACGAACCGGAACCUGCUAUCAAACGCCACGUUCGCAUCCGUGGCGUCCAACGAUGGGCUACGAAGCAGUGCAGGUCACGCCCCUGCACGAGCAACCCGUCACAAACGCCCUAGUAGCUUCUUCCUAUUCUCCGUCUGCCAUGUGCUCGGACCCGGUCACUUUCCCGAAUCUUGUCACUGGAUUUGAGCGCAACCCGCAGCAUGCCGCCCGUGCUGCCCUGUACACUCGCUACACACCGAACGAGUGGACGACCUCGAAUGUUACGACUUACGCCGAUGCGGACAAGAACCGCAACUAUGCGGAAAAAGUUCGCUCGGAGGCGGUUCGACUUAUGCGAGAAACGGACGAAAAAACCUCCCAAGGUCAACGGGAUGCAGCAAGGCGACUCGGCGAACGAAUAACCGAUAUCACCUUUUGGCGAAAUGAACUAGCGACCGAGCUAGAAAAACUUAUAGCAGAAUCAGCUCAGCUCACGGACACGAAGCGAAAUGUUCAAAAAGCGCUGCAGGACUUGGAGCCACCACUGCAUAUCGCCCAGGAAUGUCUGUACCAUCGCGAAGGCCGCAAGAGCAUUGAACUAGUUCACGAUCAUGUCGAAAAAAGUCUGCUGGUUGAAGUGGACAAUCUACGAUCCUGUCAGGAAAAGUUAUCUCAAUUGCUAACUCGAAUUACCAAGCAAUUGGCCGAUUGUCGAGCGGCUCAACACUCACUGGAGGACGACAUCAGCCAUAAAGAGUCGGCUCUGGGUAUCGACUCGCUGUGUCAUCAGCUGAACAACUACAGCCGCGGGAUUAAUUACUACGGUGGUAUUGAAAAAUAUGAUCCGACUGUUAGCACGCCCGGCACGUGGUCCGGUUCGAGCAGCACUCGCAUUAACAACUCCCACUCGGAACGGGCCAAAUCCUGCCAGCUGCGCAGUGACGCCGAAUCACUCAUCAAUGCGGUUGCCACCUCCGUCUGGGACUGCUGGAGCAAUACCAACAAUGCCUUCAACAACCGCUCGUCCGAGAUGCUGGAGGCGAAGAGCAAAAUGCAGCUGCAUCUGCACAAGACCCAACAAGAAAUCUUUGACGUCGAGAAACACAUCGAACUGCUGCGCAAGGCAGUCAAUGACAAAUCCAACCCGAUGAAGGUGGCCCAAACCCGACUGGAAGCACGUGCACACCGUCCAGGCAUCGAAAUGUGCCGCGACAACGCCCACCUACGCCUGGUGGAGGAAGUCUGCACCAUCCAGGACUCGGUUGCCACCCUGCAUCGGAAGCUGCAGGAAGCGGAAGCGCAACAUCAGCAACUGCUCAAAACAAAGUCCCAGCUGGAGAACAAUCUCAAGCAGAAGGUGGACGCUCUGUUCAUCGAUCGGGAGAAGUGCAUGGGACUGCGCCGCUCGUUUCCGGUUAACAAUACGAUCAAAUAUUAA